GCCACCAACAAACAAGAUAGAAGACUAGCAGAAAUACGGAUGUGUACGGAAAGGAUGAGAUUGUAUACAAUGUCCACCAGCUUAUUCACUUGGCAGAGGAAUACAGGCAGUUUGGUCCAUUAGACAAUAUCUCUGGAUUUGCUUUCGAGAACUAUCUUGGGCAAAUUAAGCAUCUUCUACGCAAGCCACAUCAGCCUCUACAGCAGGUAGUCAAAAGGUUGUAUGAAAUUCCACUUAUUGAGGUGCCACCUCCAAGAAAUUGUCCAGUUUUACAAAACAUCCACACUGAUGGCCCUGUUCCCCCACAAUUCAUUUCUUCACGACAAUACAGGAAGGUCUCCACUAAUCAGUUUACAUUGACUACAAAGAAAGGAGACAACUGUAUUGAGAUGUCAGAUGGAUUUGCAUUAGUGGAGAAUAUAGCACAGUCAGAGGAAAAUGUGUAUGUAAUUUACAGAAUGUUCAGACACAAACAGUCAUACUACAUAUAUCCCUGUGAGUCGUCAUGCAUUGGUACAUACAAGGUGAGUGGGCUGCAAGACAAUGUAGGGAUAUGUAAACUUUGCCAUAUCAAGCGCAAAUGUCUUCUAUAUCCAGACGGAGAUAGUGCAAUAGCAAUACCACUUAUUCCAAUGCAGUAGAUAGCAUAUAGCUAUGGGAAAAGUGUGGGUGGAGGGGUAACUUGCUAGGAUAUUAUUUUAUUUUCAUUUUCGUCAUAGAAAAUUAUACUGAAGCUUCAUGGAAGGUGAGGUUGUGCUGUGGUCAGUUGUGCAGUUCCCAAAUGGCGGCACAGCAGUAGUUCUAGAGAGUUGGUUGAAUACAAAAGAGAAGACAUUGUUGUGGCCCCCCCCAAACAUUAAAUUGUCCAAGGCUCUUCGAGACAGAAUGAAACCAGAUGAUAAAUGGAUCUUUUAUGAGGAUGUCCGUUCCCUAAUCACCUGUGAGACCUUUGAGGAAGCUAAAAGACGAGAGAGCAAGUACAACUCCACAAUGUGUGCAACCUCUGAGCUAGAAUCUGAGGAUGAAGGGGAAAUGCGGAAGAAAAGACGAUCCAGGCCAAAUCCCCUGUUUUUGCCGUCAGACUCAGAUGAGCUGUCAGGUGUUGUUAGAAGAAAGACAAGGUUUGCCAAACCACCUGAUGUUGCUUUCCCAGAAAUGCCAAAUUCCAGCCAAUCCCAUGCUGGGUAUUCUCUACAGCAUGCAAGGAAUGACUCAUCUAAUGGCAGCUAUUUAGAUGAUUUGCAGUCCGCAGUCCCAAGUAUGAACAGUCCAGUGCAGGGAAGUUCAGGGCAGUAUACACCCCUUCAUCCCCUACGUCAAGCAGGAAACAAUUACUACCGGUAUGAUAAGCCAUUUGAUCAAGGCUGUACUGAUGUAAACACAUGGAUGCAAGGCCAAGACACCAGGCAUCUUUUGAAAGACCUUGGCAUACAGAAAAUUACUUCCAUGCUUGCAGAAGUACUAGUGGUGGUAAAGGAAGCGUCAAGAGACAUACAGUUUCUUAAAAGUGAAUUGGCAGAUGUCAAAAUGACCACGGGUGGUCUUCGGGGACCUGUCACUACCCUUGAGAUGUUACCCAUCAAGCUUCCAAUUUUGAAUGAAGGAGACUUCAAUGAAGCGGAAUCAUUAAUGAAUAAUGAAUCAAUCCGUCAAAGAAUGAUUGCCCAUUUGGCUUUGGUUGGAGGCACCACAUCAGAUUCCAUGAUCCGAAGGAUGCUAGCAACUGCUCUGAGUAAUCCCCUGGCCUGUCAUUUGAAUUGGGCUGGGAAGGGAAACAAGCAGCCAUUCAAACAGACCAUUAUGCAAGACUGCAUGUUUGGUGAGUCUCGUCCUCUGUAA